AUGAGAUUCUCCGCCAUCCUUCUAUCCGUUGGCUUCGUUGCCCUUGCUGCUGCUCAGUCAUCGUCGACUACCACUUCCGCCGCUCCUAACCCAACCACCGUCUGCCUUAACGCUUGCGAUACUGGCGAUGUCACUUGCCAGGCAUCCUGUGUGGGUGUCCCGGCCCCAGAUGCCUCUAUGGUCAAUGCAACCAACGAAUGUGCUGCCGCUUGCCCUCAAGGCAACGGUACCGCCGCAGAGACCGACGCCUUUUCUAAGUGUGUUCAGUCAUGCAUCACGAAUGAGUUCUUGUCCACCACCGGAGCUGGAGCUACUGCCACCGCCACUGGAACUGGAACUGCUGCCACAGGAUCUGGAUCAUCUCAAACUGCCACUGGAACUGGAUCGUCCGCCUCCGCCUCUGGCACCUCCGGUACUUCUACACGCUCUGGAUCUGGCUCUUCUACCGGGACCGAAACCGCUAACGCUUCUGCCACAGCUUCGGGUAACGCUGCUGCUGGAUACACCGUAACUGGUUCCUUCAUCGCCCUUUUCGCCGUUGCCGCCGGCAUCAUUGUCUUGUAA